AUGAAGGUAUCACAAACCAUUCAAUCCGGCCGAGUCGGUCGACCCAAGUCUAAGACCGGGGCCCGCCGCGUUCGAUGUGGAGAAGAGAAACCUCAUUGCUUGAGAUGCACCAGUACUGGUCGCAAAUGCUCUUACAUAUCGACGCUUGCGCCACAAAGGAUUGACUCGCCGCCGCGUCAACUUACUCUCUUUUCCCAUCAAGGAUGGCGAGAACGGCGCGCAUUUGAAUACUACUUCCAUCAAGCUGGCCCGGCACUUUCUGGUGUUCUUGAUGUUGCGUUUUGGCGAGGCUCUGUCCUGCAAAUCUGUCGCAUGGAGCCGGCAAUCUGGGAUGCUAUAAUCUCGCUUAGCUCGCUCUAUGAACGACCUCCAAUUCAUGAUGCUUCGCCCUUUCGACUUAUCAAUAACCCUGCCGAGGUACAGUAUACUCAUCAUCGAGAAGCUCUGAUUUGGUAUUCUCGGUCAUUGGCUGCUGUGCAGCAGCGUAUCGACCAUGGUGUGGCGGACUUGAUGGUAUCACUGAUCAGCUGCAUCCUGUUUAUUGCCAUCGAACUCUUACAAGGCAAUCGAAAGGCGGCGAUGAAUUUGACCAGCCAAGGCACGCAGAUGGUGGUCAGCGCAAUGACACCGCUAGGGCAUAGUUCCAGAAGCAGAGCCUCGAUAGAUCGCGCUAUCCUCAUUUCGGUCAUCAAGCCAAUCUUCCAGCGGUUAGACACCUGGGCUCUAAUAACAGGCGGCGUGCCCAGCAACGUCGAUUGGUCUUUCGAUAAUCUUACCUUGGAUGUCCAUCUGACGUCGCUCAAUGAAGCACGAAACGUUCUCAAUGGGAUUGUCGCAGAGAUGAAAAUUUUCAAUAUUGAUACCAAGCAGCAUUGGAAGUACCCAGCGGACAGGCGUCUACGCGACGCCCGAAACCUUAUUACCAGACAGAUACAGUUAAACGAGUGCCUGGACCAGUGGCAUCGAUCUUUUCUUGCUCUGGCCACCUCCGACAAGGAUGCAAGCGGGAGCGGUGGAACUGCACUCUUGCUGAUGACCUACUUUAGUGUUCGGAUUGAGAUUCAAACUUGCCUUGAUCCCGAUCAAUCCGCAUACGAUAAAUUCGAAGCUGAAUUUACACAGAUUAUCAAUCAUGCAUCUAUAGCGAUUGCUGCCACAAGAAACCCCGAAGGCUACCAACCCCCUUUCAUCUUCGAGAUGGGAGUUUUCCUGCCACUCUUCAUCACCGCUCUUAAGUGCCGAUUCCCACAACUGCGUCGUCAAGCAUUGUGCCUCUUGAACCAGGCACCGCCGGCACAGGGACUUUUCAUGUGCAGGCCCGCCGCUCACGCCGUGGCGGUUCUCGUGGCACUAGAGGAAGAUCCCAGCACGGCUCUUAAUGUUUCGGGGGUGAGCGAGGUACUCGCCAAGCCAGGAUGUAUUCCACCAUUGCAGAAUCGGAUUUGGGAAUUCAAUGUCUCAUCUGACCUGGACUCGCAAGGGAGAGCUCGAAAUUGGCUUCAUUUUAGUCUACGUGACUUUGGCCAGGAUGAGAUUCGAUUUACUCAAAAUGUCAUGCUCUUUCCUGGAGCUCAGCCUUGA